AUGAAUAAAUUAUUUGUUUUCACUUUAUUUUUAGUUGCUUUGUGUUUAUUAAAUGUUGUUGCUUCAAAAAAAAGUAGAUGCACAUGCGAAAUGCAUGAUGGAUCUGUUUUAAAUAUUGAUGCUCCAAAUUUCGAAGUUUGUCAAGAAAGAUGUGAUGUUUUAGCUACAAAACAAGUUGUUACUUGCGAUACUAAUACUUGUACUUGUAACUGCCCAAAAAUGGUAAGACCAUGUAAUGCUCCACCAACCCCAAGUCAUGCUUCAUCCAGCCAUGGUCCAUCUUCAUCAGGCCCAUCUUCAUCAGGUCCAUCUUCAUCAUCAGGUAGUUGUGCUUCAGGAAGUGGCAGUGGUUGCUCAGGUUCAGCAAGCGCAAGUGCUUCAGGAAGUGGUAGUGGUUCAGGUGGUUCAGGUGGUUCAGGUGGCUCAGGUAGUGGUAUGCUUUUCAUAAAUAAGGAAGUUAAAGCUGCUACAACUUGUCAAUAUAACCAUUGCCCAUGCACUAAAAAUGUCGAAAAGGUUAUUUUUAAUUAG